CGCACUCCAUUCAUCCAGUCGGUCCAUGCCAAAGUAGCGGCAAACAGUCAGCACACACACGCACACACACACACACCCCCCAAACCACACCACAUGAACGACUUAGCCAGCCAGAAAAUGAUGGGACAGACGAAAGGCAGGCAGGCAGGAAGAGGCUCUCUGCAUAUAUGGGUCAAGACGCGGAGACGACAUACAGAGAAGGCAAAGUCUGUGUGAGCUUUCUCCCUUGCCGGCGGUGCGUCUGCUGCGUCUGCUGCCCCGUCCCCUCCGUGUGUUGUGUUGGUGGGCGGCAGAGCCUCGCCGGCAGACAGAAAGGAGGCCGACACACAGAUCCAACACACAGCGGCCGACGGAUGGAUGGCGCUGCACGUGUGGCGAGUGGGAUGGAUGGAUGGACCAGCAGCAGCGUUUCACUAGCCUGAGUGUCUGUCUGCCUACGCGAGUGCCUCGACUGUCGUGUGUGCUUGUUGUCUGCAUGACUGAGUGGGCGAGUGCCACUGACUCUUGUUGAUAACUCAAAUCGCUUCAACACAUCAGAAGCAGUCAACACAUCAGGCCAACCGUCUCGAUUAGCUACCCAUUGUGUACACCCACCCACACAAAGACACCGCAGCUGCACCGACCACAGCAGCCUCACUGUGGACCUCUCUGACACGCAAACAAGUCAGCCACUGCAAACACCCCCUUCCCCCUCCCUCCCUCCCUCCGCCCGUCCUACGUUACAUUACAUUCUGUACAUAUUUCUGUUGUGCAUCUUGAAGAUGUUCUUGCGCAGGACGCCGGCGUGGGUGCGGUAGUAGUCCCUCACCUGGCUGACCACCUUGGGCGACGCCGAGAAGGCCGUGUAGAAGAACCGCCCGUACCAGUUGAACCCCACACGCGGCUUGUCCACGCGGAAGCACGUCUUGCGCCAGCCGAGGUCCUUCAGGCGGAACAGCACGCCGUCGUUGGCAUGGAUGAUCUUGGCGAGGUCGCGGAACAAGGCGCGGAUCUCCUCGUCGCCCAGCCGCUUUGAUAGCAUCAGGUAGCUCUCGUAGAAGACCAUAACUCAGACGCAAUUAAGGGGGAAGCAGAGAAGAGGGAAAGAUUGAUCAGAUCAGCAGCGCGUGAAGGGUUCAGCCAAGGGUGCUUGAUGCCAUGAUGAUCUCCAUUGACGAUGACCUUGCCAGGAGCCUUGAUGAUGUCCUGAUAUGAUGCAAUGUGUUGCGGGAAGUGACAGAG